AUGGGAGAAAGCUUAUUUACAAACGUGAGUAUUACUGAUCUGCCCAUAGCGUCCUUUGAUGAAUAUCGACGAAAGGGGAAAUUUUUGGACUUAAUCAUCGAAACGGAAGAUAAGGAAGAACUCAAAGCUCAUCGAGUAGUUCUCUGGUCGCAAUUUCCAGCAAUUGAAUCUACUCUGCCAGAUGAAACGAAAGCCAAAGUCAAGUGGAAUCGUUUUCAUUCUAGUAUUGUAAAUACAAUGCUUGACUAUGCUUAUACGGGGAAAAUUCGAAUCAGUCUUGCUAAUGCUUCACAUUUGUACUUACUUGCUCACAAUCUCGGAUGUUCAAAAGUGAUCUCCUGGUGCAGUGAUGUCCUCAAGGAAAGCUUAUCUUCUCAGAAUUUGGAGCAAGUAUGGUCGAUUGCAAAUGUGACUUCCAACAAAGACCUCAUCAUCACUUGUAUACCUCUAAUUGCCACAAAAUUCGAAAAGAUACGAGAUAGUUAUCGAUUUCUUGCCUAUACAGAACCACUGAAUCUUGAAAGGGUAAUCAAUGAUCCCCGUUGUGGGGAAAUAACUGAAGAUGAUAAGGUGAGAAUACUAGCAUUGUGGGCCAAUACAGCACUAAGUGUUACUGACAAAGAAGAAAGAAACCAUGAGAUUAAGCAAUUAUUGGCGAAAAUUGACAUCGAACAACUCUCAAGAGAGUAUCUUAUAGAACUUGUUACUGGCGAAUCGAAUGUUGAAGUACCGAAGGAAUUCAGAACAAUAUUACUAGGCCUGUGGAAAAAGAUUAAUCCACUUUCUGAAGGCUGCUUGACAUCUCCGAGAAAUGUGCCAAGCUUCAGUGAAAGAUUACUGAUCUAUGCCCUUGAUGAAGGAUCAGAGUAUGGAGUGUUGAUGACUGUUCCAGAAAUGCAGACUGUUAGAGCCACUCGAUACUGUAUUCCCUACAGACCGGAUACUGCUAUUGUUAUUUUGAAGGGUGACAUUUACAUAAUCGGCGGGAAGGAUAAUGAUAAAAAAUCAGUGGCAAAGGUUCAGAAAAUUAAUUCACACAACGGCCGUGUAUCAAAAGUCGCUCCCUUGGGACAAUCUCGAUUUGGGGCAUCGGCUGUUGCUUAUGAAAAUUCCAUUAAGAUAACUCCAAUGUUAAAACCCCGAUUCUGUCCCGCAGCUAUCUUUUUUGAAGAUUCUGUUUAUGUUACCAAAGGAGCCAACGAUUCUGUUGAAGCAUUAUCCCUGGGCUCUUCUCAGUGGACUCUCAUUUCCGAAUGUCCGACUAUGAAUUCAUCACCUUAUUCAAUGGCGAUUUUAGAUGGAAAUCUCCUCCUUGCAUCUGAUUCUGGAAUCAUAUAUGAAAUGAAAGCGUUCAGAGCAACAAGUGAGAGCAAUGAAUUAGAAUAUGAAUGGUUCCAAGUGUGUGAAUUGCCACACAUUUGUAAUGUAACAUUACUGGUCACUAAAUAA